UCACCUAGCUUGGUCUAAGGGACCCCGUUUGCUUCUAGUCCACCGAGCUCUCUGGGAGACGUAGUCCAAGCAGCGGCCUUGGCGCACGCGCCCUAAAGUCCUCGGUGUCUCCCUGCGGACUUCCGGUUUGGGAGCUGGACUGGGAGGCUGAAGAGCGGGGGCCGGGGCCGGAGCGGGAGCGGGUGAGGGGAGAAACUCCUCCCACAGAUGCCCAGGUGCAGUGAUUUUCCCCAAGGAUAGAGAGGAGACAGGUAGAAGCCCUGGCUCUCAGACUCCCCGCUGAUGUCAAGCAGCGUUCUACUGUGAAUGAUGGCCAAAUCCACUCUGAGAGGAGAUGGGGGGAAAUCUGAAACCUUUCGACAGCGUUUCAGGAAAUUCCAUUACCAGGAGGUGGCUGGGCCCCGUGAAGCUUUCAGCCAACUCUGGGAACUAUGCUGUAGAUGGUUAAGGCCAGAGGUUCGAACCAAGGAGCAGAUACUAGAGAUACUGGUACUGGAGCAAUUCCUGACUGUCCUACCUGGGGAGAUUCAGACCUGGGUACAGGAGCAUUGUCCAGAAAGUGGAGAGGAGGCUGUGACCCUGGUAGAAGAUUUGGAGAGAGAACCCAAAAGACCAAAGUGCCCGGUCACUGUCCCUGUGAAAGGACAGGAAGUUCGUCCAGAGAAGAUGGCACCUCUAAGGUCACCCCGGGAGUUACUAAGUGUCCAGCAGGAAGCAGGGGAGUCACAACCCAAGGUUGUAGCCAAGAAGAAGGGACAAGUUGCCCAGAAACUAGGACCACAAGAACAACUUAACCUAAAGGAAAAGCUUAAACCUCAUCAAAAGACUGGAUUUCCUUUUCCCAAAUCUGGUAUGGUUUCUGGGAUGGAACGAGGAGAACCAUGGGCCCCAGAUCUUCUGGGCUCCAAGGAGAGGGAAAUCUCAAGAGGCAGUCACACAGGUGACAAAACGAAUGCACUCUGAUUUUAUGCCAUCAAGGAAGGGAAAGAAAAAGGCUGGGGAGACCAGGAGCAGUGGGGCUUUGAGGAUGAAAAGGUAGCUGGUGUGCACUGGGGAUAUGAAGAAACCAGGACUCUACUUGCAAUUUUAAGUCAGACUGAGUUUUAUGAAGCCCUCCGGAACUGCCAUCGUAAUAGCCAAGUGUAUGGAGCUGUUGCUGAGCGACUGCGGGAGUAUGGCUUUCUCCGGACACUCGAACAAUGUCGGACCAAAUUUAAAGGCCUCCAGAAAAGAUACCGUAAAGUCAAGAGUGGGCAUCCACCUGAGACCUGCCCCUUCUUUGAAGAAAUGGAAGCCUUGAUGAGUGCCCGAGUCAUUGCUCUACCCAGCAAUGGCAUGGAAGAAGAGGCAGCACCUCGCCCCAGCCUGGGGGCCAGUGAUGCUGAAACAGAAGAGCAAGAGCAGGGAGGCUGGCAGCAAGAGGAAGCCACAGAAGAGGCUGCAGCUGAAGAAUCUGAUGGUGAUGAAAUGGGAAUUGAAGCAGGCCCCCAAGAGCCUGGGAGCCCCAAUGCUCCAGUCUUGUUCCGAAGCCCUAGUGGUGUACACUGGGGCUAUGAAGAGACCAAGACUUAUCUUGCAAUUCUCAGUGAGACUCAGUUUUAUGAAGCGCUCCGGAACUGUCAUCGUAAUAGCCAAUUAUAUGGAGCAGUGGCUGAGCGGUUAUGGGAAUAUGGUUUCCUUAGGACACCGGAACAGUGUCGGACUAAAUUUAAAAGCCUCCAAACCAGCUAUCGGAAAGUCAAGAGUGGCCAUGCCCCUGAGACCUGCCCCUUCUUUGAGGAGAUGGACGCCUUGGUGAGUGCCCGGGUUGCUGUCCCACCUAGUGGUGGUGUGGAGGAGGAUGCAGCACCUCACCCUGGCUUGGGAGCCAGUGAUGGUGAGACAGAAGAACAAGACCAGGAGGGCUGGCAGCAGGGAGAGGCAGCUGAGGAGGCCUCAGCCACAGCAGAAGACUCUGAGGGUGAGGAAAUGGGCGCUGAGGAGGCACCUCGGAGUUCUGGGAGCCCCGGUGCUCCUGUCCUGUUCCAAAGCCCAAGGGGUUUUGAAGCUGGAUUUGAAAACAAGCAGAACACAAAACGGGAUAUUUCUGAAGAAGUAGAACUGCACAGGACAUUACUUGCAAGGUCUGAAAGGAAAAUUCCCCAUCAUUUUAAUCUGGGAAAAGAUGAUGACAGUGAUUGCAGGACAGGAAGGCAAUGGGCAAAGUCCCCAGUGGACAAAAGAGGAAAACUGACACCGCCAGAAAGGGGCUUAGGAAAAAUCCUAAGUCAUCAAAAACCUUACUUGGGAGAGAGACCUUAUAAAUAUCUUAGAUAUGGAAAAAGCUUUGGUCCAAAUUCACACCUUCUCAUUCAUCAGAUACCCCACCAGAUAGAGAAUCCAUAUAAAUGUGGAGACUGUGGAAAAAGUUUCAGUCGAAGUGCACGCCUCAUUAGACAUCGGAGGAUACACACCGGUGAAAAACCUUAUAAGUGUCUUGACUGUGGGAAAAGUUUCCGUGACAGUUCAAACUUCAUCACUCAUAGGAGAAUUCACACAGGAGAGAAACCCUAUCAGUGUGGUGAGUGUGGAAAACGAUUCAAUCAGAGUUCAAGCCUUAUCAUACAUCAGAGAACCCACACUGGAGAAAAACCCUAUCAGUGUGAAGAGUGUGGUAAAAGCUUCAAUAAUAGCUCUCACUUUAGUGCACACAGGCGAAUACACACAGGAGAAAGGCCCCAUGUGUGUCCUGAUUGUGGGAAAAGCUUCAGUAAAAGCUCUGACUUACGGGCACAUCACAGAACCCACACAGGAGAGAAACCCUAUGGAUGUCACGAAUGUGGGAAAUGUUUCAGCAAAAGUUCAGCCCUUAAUAAACACCGAGAAAUCCACACAAGAGAAAAGCUUCUGUCACAGUCAGAACCUAAGUAAAAACCUGAGAAUCUGCAAAGAGCCUUUAUAAAUGUAUUAUUUGGGAAAACAUCUUCUAAUAGAAAUCCCAUUGCAAUGCCCACCUGGCUUAGGAAAUCACCUUUAGGAUUUACACCACUAUGGUGCUCCUUACCUAGUCUUCUGAGUCUGAAGCCACAACACCAAGGCAAUAACAUCUAAGGAACAAAGAAGAUCUAGAUACCACCGUAGCUCUGCUUCUGACUUGACAAAGUUCCUUGCCCCCUCUCAGUGCCUAUGUCAUUCCUUCAAUAAAAGGAGAGAAUCCUGUGAGUUAAACUUAUCCCUGACAUUGCUCAUCCUGUCAUUUUGCUGCAUCUUUGACUGGAAACUUAGCAGCAUCAAGGGGGAAAGAUGUUAUGGACUUAUCUCAUGAUUCCAGGUCUUCCCCUCCACCCACCCCUCCGCCCCCACCUCCCACAAAACAAGAGAAAUACUGAAAGGAAUGGAAUGACUCUUCUUGUUCAUGUAAACCUGUACUCAGACUGAUGUGAUUGAAUUUAGUCUCCCUACUCCUUUACCCUUAAUGAAGAUGAAUUUAGUGUCCCUCUCAGUCAUGUCUUACAAAUUGUCUUGUUAAGAAUCUAGGUGUUGUUUAUGGGGAAGCUGUUACAAACCUUGUGUCAGUUUGAAGUGUCAGCCCUGGAUGGCUAUUCCUUAGUUUCCUUCAACCCUCAGAUGGUUCUAAGUAGAAAGAACUCCUGUACUUAUAGUAUCUAGUUUCUUACUUCCCUUCUGUCCCAUCUCAUCUGUAUUUCAACUGUCCCUUGUAACCCCAAAGAGCAAGCCAGCUGGGCAGGAGGGGAGUAGAAAGGGGCAUUAAUAGGGAUUUUCCAUUUCCCUGGUAUUCAGUUCAACUAAUAAUAGUAUUACGCACCCUAUGGGUGCUAAAUACUUCUUGACUAAUAAGCAAAAGACGUUUACUAUGUUACUAUGUACUGGGAACAGAGCCCACCAGUGCCAAUAGCCCUCAAGCCUGAUUAAAGAUAAAUUAUCUUUACCAGCUUGGUGGGGUUGCCAAUCCGUAUUUAGUAUUUUAAAAAAAUAUACAUGGAAUAUGGAACACUUAAGAAUAAGUCUGCUUACUGCUGUUUUUCAAAUAGUAUUAACUGCCCAAGUGUGUAUUAAUACUGUGGUGGGCCAGAUAUAAAAUGAGGUAAACAGAGUUGGGCCUUAUCCUCUGGGAACCUACAGUCUAAUUGACACAUACAUCAAAUAAUAAAGUGCACAUCUAUAGUAUGUAGCAGAUACUAAACAGUUUAAGACAUAAAACUAGUAAGUUUAUGUAUUUAUAAGUUUGGUGCAUUGCAACAGUGUCAGGAAAGGUGCUGGGAAGUACCCAUUCUAUUUAGUGAGUUACCAGUUUUUUGAAGGGAAUGGGUGAGGGGGAAAAUUCUCAAAAUGGAAGCAGUUCAUAAGGUAGAAUUUUGUGAGUGGAAAAAGUCUAAAAACUGGAAAGCAGGGUGUUUGGUAUGGGUAGAGCAAAAGAAAUUGCUUGGGAUAGUGAACCUCACACCUUUGAAGGGCUUUGAAACUGUGUAGUAGAAGAAAUGACCUUCAGUGAUACUUGAAGGUGUGCCAGAGGCAGAGAAACCAGAGGUGCAAUAAUUGAUUAUUUGGAGUAUCAUUGGGGAUUGAGGAUGGCUUCCAGCACAGAAUAAGAAUAAUCCUAUUCGACUAUGUGGGAAGCCAAUAAGUCAGGACUUAGAGUUGAUUCUAAGAUACCUUUGUGGGUAGGAGAGGAUACCUGACCAAUACUCGUUGAGAAGGAAGGUAGACAUUACAGGAGGCUGAGGGUGGUGGAGAGUGUUUACUGGAGAGAUGAGCAGCUCUGUCUUCCUCACACUUGGUACUGAGAUAAUACAUUCAUUUAAUUGUCCUAUAAGUUAGGAGUCAGAAAAUUGGCUAAUGGGUGAGGUGGACUAUUGUAGAAAGUUUGUAGAUGAAGAUGUUAUGUGAUUUAGAAGGUUCUUAUGGAGGAGGAAUACUGGGAUUCCAGAACAUACUUUUAUUAGGAAUUCCCCCCAGAAUAAGCAGUAAAAGGUAUAAGAAAGCCCGUCUAAAACUGCCUUAAAGCCAAGCUCUGUGAUAGUGUAGAAUGUGUGAUCAAUAAUAUAAAAAUAAGUUUACUGUCUUCAGCAUAUUCAUGUAGUCUGGUGGAAAGAUCAUGGGAAUGGGGUAUAGAAAGACAUGAACUGUCUGUACUGUCUUAUGUAUAAAUCAAACUGCCUCAUUUCCCCUAUCUGUAAAACAAUCAUGUUUACACCUUAAGCUGCCUCUCAGGGAUGCCAUAUGAAUAAAUGAGAUGUCUAUAAAAUGCCUGGAGUUCUUCAAAAAGGAAGUGCUGGAGAAAUAUUUAAUUGUUUGUUAUUUGGCUGAGAACACUGUAACAACUUGCUUUUGUGACUGCCCUGGAGUCGUUAGUUUACUCCUAUCGAAUCUUUAUGUUCUUAGGAGAUGUGGCAGUAGGUUUGUCAAGUGGGAUUACUGUAAACUAAGAAAAAUCAUUAUUACAAGCCUGCUAGGUUUGGUAUCUACCUAUGAUCUAAGGACCUUGGAUAACUAGGAGCCAGAUGUAUUAUCUCAAAAUUAGAGUAGUAAUGCUAUCUACAAUUGGCAAAUAUAAGCAAAAGGAACAGGAUAAAAGUUAAAAAAAAGCUUUGCUAGGGUGGGAAUAAAUGUCAGGCUACUCUCAGCCCCCUCUCAACUCCAUUGUUUAAUUCUACUAUCUGUGGAUAAAAGCAAUAAGAAACAUCAACAUUGAACAUAAAAACUAAAAGAGAUGUUUGGGGGAAGCGGGGCAAUGUAGGACCUAGACAUGUCUUCGUUUUUAAAUCAUGUUCAAAAAGUUCUAAAGAAAAUAGGCUGUGGUAGCAACAAAGGCCAGAACAGAUCAGCAUCAUCACUCCCUUUGGCAAAAGCUUGCUGAUCCCUUUUCCAGUUCCGUCAGUUCAUUCUCUCUCGACUCUUGGCUACUAAUCUCACAUCUUCUCAUCUUGAAUUCUCUAUUCUUACCACGUACCCUCAGAAUUAUUCUAACAAACUAAAGUACCAACCCCCGAAAGCCAAACAAAUGAAGCAAAAAAAAAAAUGAAAACUUUUAAAAGUUGCAUUUAAGUUUUCUAUUUAUCUGUUACUAUUUUUUAUAUUGUAAACUCUUUGCAGGGACUGUGUUUAAAUUUUGUACUGCAUUGGUACUGUGCCAUUUGAACUUAGGUAUAUAAUAAAUUUUUAAAAAUUAUGAUGAUACUGAUGCAGGGGGGUGAGGGUUUGGGACUAACAAGGUU